AUGUCGGUAGCGCCUUCCCUCCCACACCGAGGAGAUCGGCCCGCUCCUGCCUCCGGAACCCCCACCUUGCGUGAGAACCGCAACUCCUUGUCGACCAGCGAGCGGUGGAUUGACGUCCUCCUGCGCAAUCUGCGGCAGCGUCUUCUCGUCCGUCCACAGUACGAGGGCACAUGCCGGACGUGCUCGGCCUGGCGUUAUAAUAGUUCGCGAGGGCCUCGCAUGCGGAUGCCGCAAUGGCGCCACCGUCCUCCUAACAGGCGCCUUAAGUGCAGGUCGCCACCGAAAUUGCCAAGCAUGCCAGCAGACCAAACAUGCAGGAAGCACAACCGCGGGAACUCAAUGACUACCACAGCCCUUCAGCCAUUCCUCUGCUGCAUCACAGACGCCAUGGGCUGCUGA